AUGACUCAAUCAGAGGGCGCCGUGGUCAAAGACAGGAAGAGAAGCCGAAGCAGGCACCAGAAUGGCCAUCACAGUGCUUCAAGCGACGGGAGUGAAGCCGAGACCGCGAGCCAGUCCAGCAAGCGAAGCAGCAGGAAGCGCAAGGGCGACGACGAUGCCAAAGUCAACGGCAACCACUCCAAGAAGCAGCGCCGUCCAAGCCUGAGCCAGCCUGCGCGUGACCCCCGUGACACUACCACAUCGAAAUCCAAGAAGAAGUCGUCCAAGCCCAAAUCCGAGGGAGUCGUAACGAGGUCACCGAGCCCGGUGAUCGACUUUGACGGCCUGAGUCGCCCGAGUAAGAGCCUCGGAACCCGUGAACGUCUCGAUGAAUCCCCCGAGCAGGCUGCCGUUCGUCUCGAAAAGAUGAAGGGCGCCGUCCGCACCAUCCUCGAAUGUGUCGGCGAAGACCCCGACCGCCCCGGCAUCCUCGACACCCCGAGACGCUACGCCGAGGCCAUGCUCUUCCUGACCCGCGGCUACCAGCAGAACGUCAAGGACAUUGUCAACAAUGCCAUCUUCCAAGAAGGCCACAACGAAAUGGUCAUUGUCAAGGACAUUGAGAUCUUUAGCAUGUGCGAGCACCACCUCGUUCCGUUCACCGGCAAGAUGCACAUUGCCUACAUUCCCAAGAACCAGGUCAUUGGCCUCUCGAAGCUUCCCCGUAUUGCCGAAAUGUUUAGCAGACGUUUCCAGAUCCAGGAGCGCCUGACGAAGGAGGUUGCCUACGCCAUCAUGGAGAUCCUGAAGCCCCAGGGCGUUGCCGUCGUGAUGGAGUCAAGUCAUCUGUGCAUGGUCAUGCGCGGCGUGCAGAAGACGACGGCUAGCACGAUAACUAGCUGCGUGCUCGGUGCCUUCGAGAAGAAGGAGAAGACCCGGAACGAGUUCCUCAGUUUGGUGGGGUUGAAGACAUAG